GAGAGGAGUGUAGGGAGUGUACGGUCUUCUGGGUGGAAUCCAGGCCGGGUGGGCAGAGCCUGAAGUCGGCUGGGAAAGGUGCUGGUGGGCGAGGCCUCGGCCUGAUGGGCGGGACCUGAACCGGGCAGGACUCAGGGCAGACAAGCGUUGUUAAGGUUCAGUAUUCCAAGCCUGGGGGAGGUGCUGUCCUCAGAACUGAGUCCGUGUGAGGUGGGCGGGGCCUGCAGCGGACUGCUCUUCGGGUGAAGCUCCUCCGAGGGGGCGGGCUCUUGGUAGUGAGCUGUUCUUGGGGCGAGUGGACGGAACCUGGGAGAACUGAGUUGUCCUCUAGACGGGUGGGCGGGGUGAAGACUAGAGGUCCCCAGAGGCUAGGUGGGCGUGGUUGAGGUUACUGGGUGGGGCCUCGGGGAGCGGCCUUCUCGAUGGGAGGACCGGGUUCGGGCGGGACGGUCCUCCGGACGCCAGGCGCCGCUGCGGAGCCGCAGGCGGGCAUAGCUAGACCGUGCCGCGAGGGGCGGGGCGGUGAGUGUUUACAUCCGGCCGGGCACAGACAACUCCCGAGAUCGCUCGGCCGAGGGUCCAACCUCUUUCGCCAUGGACACCAGCGACCUGUUUGCCAGCUGCAGGAAGGGGGACGUGGGCCGUGUGCGGAGCCCGCUGUGAGGCCAACACCUUUGAUGGAGAACGGUGUCUCUACGGAGCGCUGAGUGACCCCAUUCGCCGUGCACUGAGAGACUACAAACAGGUCACUGCGUCCUGCAGGAGGCGGGAUUACUAUGACGAUUUCCUGCAGCGGCUUCUGGAACAGGGCAUCCAUAGCGAUGUGGUCUUUGUGGUACAUGGAAAGCCGUUCCGGGCCCAUCGCUGCAUCCUUGGUGCUCGCAGUACCUACUUCGCCAACAUGCUGGACACCAAGUGGAAGGGCAAGAGCGUCGUGGUUCUCAGGCACCCCCUGAUCAACCCGGUGGCCUUUGGGGCUCUACUGCAGUACCUGUAUACAGGUCGCUUGGACAUCGGUGUGGAGCAUGUGAGUGACUGUGAGCGCCUGGCUAAGCAGUGCCAGCUGUGGGACCUGCUGGACGACUUGGAGGCUAAAUGCGAGAAGGUGUCUGAAUUUGUGGCUUCCAAGCCUGGCACGUGUGUGAAGGUGUUGACUAUUGAGCCUCCUCCAGCAGAUCCCCGGUUACGGGCAGACAUGGCACUGCUGGCUGACUGUGCCCUGCCACCUGAGCUGCGGGGUGACCUUGGAGAACUGCCCUUCCCAUGCCCCGAUGGCUUCAGCAGCUGCCCUGAUAUCUGUUUCCGAGUGGCUGAUUCCAGCUUCCUCUGCCACAAGGCUUUCUUCUGUGGCCGCAGUGACUACUUCCGGGCCCUUGUGGAUGACCACUUUCGAGAGAGCGAGGAGCCGGCAGCCUCUGGAGACCCCCCAGUUGUCACCCUGCAUGACAUCUCCCCGGAGAUCUUCACUCACGUGCUGUACUACGUAUAUAGUGACCAUACCGAGCUGCCUCCUGAGUUGGCCUACGAUGUGCUGAGUGUGGCUGACAUGUACCUUCUACCUGGCCUGAAGCGGCUGUGUGGCCGCAGCCUGGCCCAGUUGCUGGAGGAAGAUAGUGUGGUGGGUGUUUGGCGCAUAGCCAAGCUGUUCCGGCUGGCCCGGCUGGAGGACCAGUGUACCGAAUAUAUGGCCAAGGUCAUAGAGAAGCUGGUAGAGCGAGAGGACUUCGUGGAGGCAGUGCGAGAAGAGGCAGCAGCUGUAGCAGCCCGGCAAGAGACAGACUCCAUUCCACUUGUUGAUGACAUCCGCUUCCAUGUGGCCAGCACAGUCCAGACCUACAGUGCCAUUGAAGAGGCACAGCAGCGACUUCGGGCACUGGAGGACCUGCUUGUGUCCAUUGGCUUGGACUGCUGAGCCCUUCCAUCUGGCAGCCCUGUGGCCAGGGCUGCUACAGUGACAGGCAUGCGCAGAGUGUGCAUGCAGCAACUGUUGCUCUUGCACGCUUGAUGGCAUUACAGUGGGCAGAGGGGACUCAUUGUGUUCCUGGGGACCUCACAGGAUGUUCUUGGGACGAGCCGCCUCCUCCAGUGCACAAGGAAGCCCCAAGAUUUGGGGCAGGCACCACUCAGGGAAAACUGGGGUACGGUAGGCUUUGAACUUAGUCCCAUCUUCCCCAGCACCCUCCCUGCUCCCUCCUGGCUCUCACCCAGCCCUGGCUUGCUUCAGCCAUUUCCAUGUACAGGGCUGGACAGGACGUAGGGAGUGUGUGGCAAUAAAGCUUGAAUUCACUCUGGGAA